AUGGUGACCGCGCCGAGCACGAGAGAUUCCCUACUAGUAGUUAUCAUGGCGCGCCUUCUUACUGCCCUCGCUCUCCUGCUUGCGUUCACCGUCACUCUUGCAUCAUUCGCUUCUACUGCUGCUGCUCGAUCUUUUCGGCUUCCUGGCAAUGGUGCCUUGGGAGCGGUAAACACCGCCGGCGGCGGCAUCACGGCAGAGAGCGCGGGGGACGAGCAGGAUCGCCGCGAACUCAUUCGGUUGAGGUCGACGGCGAAAGAUGGCACGCUGUGCUCUCAAGUGAUGAAGAGAGAUUGCUCGGCGCCGAAAACAAUCUUUAUGGGUCUUAUCAAAGCUGAUCCUGCAGCCGCCAAGUGCAGUUCCAAGCAACAUUGGCCUUGUGACCAUGUGGGUGAUUGA